UGGCAAAUUAUAACGAAAUCUAAUAUCAGAGGACGGCUCUCAGAGUUCAGGCUUUUGACGGUGAAACAUGGACUCUCAGACCGUGCCGUCAUUGGGGUCCUAUGACUACGACCUGCUGGUUAUUGGAGGGGGGUCAGGAGGGCUGGCUGUGGCAAAGGAAGCUGCAGCGCGGAGGAAAAAGGUGCUGAUCCUUGACCUCGAGGCUCCAUCUCCGAGAGGCACAGAGAGGGAGCUUGGAGGUUCCAGUCUCAAUUUGGACAGUGUCAGGACAUUUCUACAACAGGCAUCACUACUUGGCAAAGCUGUUAAAGACUCUCAGAAAUAUGGCUGGAGGCUCAAAGAGGAGGUGCAGCACAGCUGGAGUGAGCUGGUGGAAGCUGUGCAGGAGCAGGUGAAGUCUCACAGUUUAGAGCUGAAGAGAGAGCUGGAGAGCUGUGGAGUCUUGUACCUCAAUGCUGCUGGAGAGAUAGUGGCGCCCCACACAGUGCAGGUGACAGGUAUAAACGGGAUUAAAAGGCAGCUGACAGCAGAGACCUUAGUCAUCGCUACAGGAGACAGACCUCAGUACCUGGACGUACCUGGAGACAGACAGUACUGCCUAACCAGCGAGGAUCUACUGUUCCCGCCUCACCCUCCAGGUCGGACCCUGGUGGUAGGUGGCUCCGCGGAGGGGCUGGAGUGUGCCGGUUUCCUGUCUGGGCUCGGACUGCCGGUCACCGUCAUGCUGCAACCGCACCUCCUCCAGGGGUUUGAUCAGAAAAUGGCACAGAAGAUAGAAAAUCACAUGUUAGUUGCUGGAGUGGACUUUCUUCAUCACUGUUCCCUCACUAAGGUGGAGCAGGCUGGAGCUUGCAGUGAGGAUGUUCUUUCAGUGACGACACAGCAGCUGUCCAGAGGAAAGAGACUCAGAGUGACCUUUGUCUACAAGGAUGGCCAAACUAAACAGGAAGACUUUGACACAGUUCUACUCUGUGUUGGGAGGAAGGCCUGCACCGGUGACGUCGGCCUGCAGUGUGUUGGGGUGGAGUGCAGUCAGGAUGGUAGAAUCCUGGUGAAUGAGCGGGAUCAGACCAGUGUAGAUCAUAUUUAUGCCAUUGGAUCGGUGCAGCACGGUCGCCCCAACACCACAGGCCUCUCAGUGCAUGCUGGGACGCUGCUGGCCCGUCGGCUUUACGCAGGAGACAGCAUCUUGUGUGAUUACACCAACGUGCCCACUGUUGUGCUCACGCCAGUAGAAUAUGCUGCCUGCGGUCUGUCCGAGGAGAAAGCUAACUUAACAUUCGGAGAAGCGUCAAUAGAGGUGUAUCACAGCUACUACUGGCCGCUGGAGUGGACUCUUCCUGGCAGGAAUAAAAACUCCUGCUAUGUUAAAGUCAUCUGUCACAUCCCAGACCACGAACGUGUGGUUGGUCUCCAUGCCAUGGGCCCCAAUGCUGGAGAUAUCCUUCAAGGCUUCGUUGCCGCAAUGAAAUGUGGUCUCACAAAACGACAGCUGGACGCCACUGUGGGCCUCCACCCCGGAUCAGCCCAGGUGUUCACCUCUUUGACCCAAACUCAGCGUAUGUCCGAGGCCUUGAUGGUGAGGGGGAACUGCUGAGGUUAGCACCCUGCUGUCAAUCACUGUCGCCUAUAGCAACAGUAUAAGACGGCGGGGGAAGUCCUUUUGAUGACAGUCUGAGCAGUUAACAUCAGCAGGACGGCAAAUUGACCAUCUAAUGACGUCUUCACCUGAAGCCUGAUGGACAGGCGGGUGGGGACUGAUGCUCUGCUGCUGGCAUAGCUCCUGUUUCAUGUCUGUUUGUGUUUGUUUGCAAUUUUUAGGAACGUUUUACUUUCACAUGUACAGUACGAUUGAUGCAUUCUUAUAGCUCUCAACUUUAAAGACGAUAAGAUGGUCCCAAAGGUUCUGCCUUUGAAAAGCCUCUGUAAGCUUUAAUAUAGCUGAGUUUUUAAAGGCUGCAGGAGAGUGAUAAGACUCUAGGAUUUGACGCAUUUACACAGAGUAAGAGCUCAGGCUUAUACUCUGUGUUUUUACUGCUGCAGCACAAGCCUCGAGGGUUUUACAACCUUAAUUUCAUGUAAUGAACUAGACGAGGAUUAUGGAAUUACCCAAAUUAAUAGUGUUUAUCGGCGAAUGCUGUCGCUUUAAUUGAUGCAUAUGGCGCCUUCGUUGAGACAGUAGGCCAGAGUUCCUCAUGCGCUGCCUCGUUUGUUUUUCCUAUUUUAUAUUCUCUCUCUGAUUCAGCGCCGCCAAGCAUAGCAACUGUCUUAAAAACAACUGUUGAAUAUUCAUUGAGAUCAUUAAAUGAAGUGUCUCAUAAGAAUGAAUGCAGGGACCAGGGUGCAGAUACUUCCUCAAAGCGUGGCGCUAACCCUCAAAGUUUUCCCCACAGCCAUGGCUCUGCACUUUGCAUCUGAAUCUAAAAAAUGUACCCUUGCAAGGGUGUCAUUUUAAUUCUCUUCAUGUGUUGUCAUGAGUCCAGAGGUUCCCAUCCAUCCCUGCUAAAGCCUAUACUGUCAUGCAUUGUGCUGUCGUCUGCUGAACAUUGUAGCAGAACAAUUAGAUGCUAAUUUUUCAAAGGUUUUCUCCAAGACCUCUUUUUGAUUCUCUGCUUGACACACGCUUGUGUUGAGUAAGAUAGAUAUUCUAAUUAGAAAAAGUGCACAGGAGUCUCUCUUUUGGCACGUGUCUGAAAAUGCCAUUAGAGCAUAAUUUGAUCAAAGCAAAACAGCUUGUGUAACUUUAUCCAGGUCUCACAGCAAAGUUAAGACAUUGCAAAGAGGUCCAUCUAUCACUGCCUGCUUUAACCCAGACACUGCUUGACUCUGGUGCAGUGUGUGGUCUUACACCAGUAGGUGGCACUGUAGCUGUAUGUGGAACAGAUAAAUGAAGCGAUCCUCUGCAUUUUGUCAGACUGGAAAGAAAGAGAAAUAAAACUGAGACAGAUGUGUGGACUGAAAAAACGUAUUCCAAUAAAACUGAUCUUACUAUCACUAUAAUGUCUGUGAGUGCUAUUACUGUCUCUACUGCUACAACUAACACUAAAUACUAACACUAUCUCUAUUACUAUUAGGUGUACUACUACAAUGAAUAGUACCUCAAGAACUGGUAUUACUGCCAUUACUAUAA